AGACCCGAAUCACUGUCAAGAUGGCUGCCUUGGCAAGGUCAUUUUCUCUACGGGUAUGCCGCAGUCUUCUUCAAGUUAAUGCACCAUCAGUGCCAGUAUGUUCAGCAAAGAUGUCUGGAAAGGUCCCUGACAGACUGUGGAAGCUUGGGAAACUGAAUCAUGUUGCCAUUGCCGUCCCAGACCUAGAUAAAGCUACAGCAUUGUACAGAGAUGUCCUUGGAGCUGAAGUCAGUGGAGUGCAGUGUCUCCCUGAACAUGGAGUAUACACAGUAUUUGUUAAUUUAGGAAAUACAAAAUUUGAGCUACUACAUCCUUAUGGGGAAAAGUCUCCUAUUCAAGGUUUUCUGGAUAAAAACAAAGCAGGAGGAAUGCAUCAUGUGUGCAUUGAGGUUGACAAUAUUCAAGAUGCCAUGAAGGACUUGAAGGCACACAAUAUCAGAGCUCUAAGUGAAGAGGCUAAGAUUGGAGCCCAUGGGAAACCUGUAGUGUUUCUUCACCCCAAGGACUGCAAUGGAACCCUGGUGGAGCUGGAACAGGCGUAAAGCUUUAAGACCCAGGGACCUUUGACUUGAAGGAAUACAGUUGCAUGUAUGAAUUGUGGGCAGGCUUCUCCUUGGAAAUUAGAAUGAUGCUUAUUGGACAUUCAUUUUUCAGUGCAGAGGAGGACAAGGAAAGAGAUGACUAAUAGAUGUGAACAAAUAUAUUUUUGGUCACUCCUUGGAAAAUAAAGAAAUAAAACGGUAAAGCACAGGUGCUUGAUAUGUGGAGUGAUGCUUUUUUUGGAUAUCCAUAUUGCAGUGCAAAGAGGAGGAGGCAGAUGGAGACCUAUAAAUAUAAACAAAUAUAUUUCUCGUCUUCUGGAACAGUUAUUUACUAGAUACUGUUUUAUGUGUAUAUUUAUGUAUACAUGAUGCUUACAUAAGUUUAUCUGUUGUUAUUAUUCCUGAUGUCAUCCAUCCAGCUCCCCCACUGAUUGGUUGAAUUUUAUCAGAAGAAAAAAACUGUGGAGAUAAAUUCAUCAUCUGUAAGGAAAAGUAGGGCACUACAGAGGUAGUUUGAGAAACUUCAGGGAGAUGAAAAAUUAAAUAAAGACAGAUUCACAUUAUGUAACCAGCGAAAUGAGAAAAAAUAUGUAGGUUGUAUUGUUUUUGAUGUUGGAAGUUUGUUUCAAUAAUUGGUUUAUUGGAAUGUGUAGAGCAUGCUAAGAUGAUAAUGGAAAAGAAAUCGACUGUCAUACUAGAUCUUACAUUUGUAAACAGGAUAUUGUUUUGACUUUAUCACAAGGCUUUCUUCAGGUAAACCGAUGUUGAGUUUCCACUGGUGGUGACUUUAUGUGUAGGAUGAAUCAGACAAUUUACUUUUAUGUGCAGAAAAUGCAUUUUAUUUUUCAAAGAAUUAAAUGCAGAAGGUUUCUCUGAUAUUAAAAUCAUUAUCAUGUUUUACAAAUGACACACUUGUAUUUGUUAAUUUUCUAAAAGCAUGAACAAACAAUUAUUUGUGCAGCUAUUAUAUUUUUUGUAAUAAAAUUUGCUUAUUUUUAUGUUUGGCAGAUUGGCACUCGAAAAGUGUGAGUUUUUAUGGUUACUCUCUUUAAAAUAUGGUAAAAUAUAAACAUGUAUUGUUUACUUGAUUUUUCAGAAUAAACCAUGUUAUGAACAUUGUA